AUGAAUAAUCAAAAAGCUGUAGCUGUGGUACUGCAAGAGUGCAAGGAAGUGCUGGACCAGCUCUUGUCAGAGACAUCAGAUGUGUCAGAGGAGGACAAGAGGGAGGACCAGCGGUGCAGAGCUUUACUCCCCAGCGAGUUAAGGACACUGAUCCAGGAGGCAAAGGAAAUGAAGUGGCCCUUCGUACCUGAAAAGUGGCAGUACAAACAAGCCGUGGGCCCAGAGGACAAAACAAACCUGCAGGAUGUGAUUGGCGCCGGGCUGCAGCAGUUACUGGCAUCCUUGAAAGCAUCCAUCCAAGCUCAGGACUGUGCUACUGCUGCAGCUAUUGUGUUCCUAAUGGACCGGUUCCUGUAUAGGCUCGAUGUCUCCAACAAACUCCUGCAAGUUGCCAAAGGGCUCCACAAGUUGCAGCCAGAAACACCAAUUGCCCCACAAGUGGUUAUUCGCCAAGCCCGAAUCUCUGUCAACUCAGGGAAACUUCUAAAAGCAGAGUAUAUCUUAAGCAGUCUAAUAAGCAACAAUGGUGCAACAGGUACAUGGCUGUACAGAAAUGAAAGUGACAAGAUUCUGGUGCAGUCAGUCUGUAUACAAAUCAGAGGACAGAUUCUACAAAAGCUAGGAAUGUGGUACGAAGCUGCAGAAUUAAUAUGGACCUCAAUCGUAGGAUAUUUGACACUUCCUCAGCCAGACAAAAAGGGUAUUUCCACGUCACUAGGUAUACUGGCUGAUAUCUUUGUUUCCAUGAGCAAGAAAGAUUAUGAAAAGUUUAAAAACAAUCCACAAAUUAACUUGGGCCUCCUGAAGGAGUUGGAUCACCAUUUGCUGUCAGCGGCAGAAGUUUGCAAGCUAGCAGCUGCUUUCACUCCCUAUACAUCCCUGUUUGUGCUCACUGCUAUGAACAUCCGUGGCACGUGCUUAUUGUCUUACAGUAGUUCUAAUGACUGUCCUCCAGAAAUUAAAAAUUUGUACCUGUAUGAAGCCAAAGAGGCUUUUGAAAUUGGUCUCCUCACCAAGAGAGAUGAUGAACCAGUUCUUGGAAAACAGGAACUUCAUAGUUUCAUCAAAGCUGCUUUCUCUCUUACCACAGUACACCGAAGACUCCAUGGAGAGACUGAGACAGUCCACGCAGCAAAUCAGCUAUGUAGUGAAACUAUGGGAAAGUUGUAUGCUUUCAGCACUUCAUCUGGGAGUCAAGAGAGGGAAACUCUGUCUCAGGAAAUCAUGUCUAUUAUCACCCAGGUGAAAGAUCAUCUACAAGUUCAAAGCUUCCCAAAUUUGGAUGGCAGGUCUUAUGUUCCAGAGAGCUUCAAGAGCUCAUUGGAAAAAUUCAUUUUGCAUGGACAAGUGGAUUUCCAAAAACUCCUUGAUAUCUAUUCACAGCACCAUACUUCAGUGUGUGAAGUAUUUGAAAGCACUUGUAGAAACAACAAAAAUAAACUGAAAGAUACAGGAGUCUGUAUCACUGUUCUAAAAACAGAAACAAAAACCAUAGAGACUGUGAGUGCUACUGAAGACAAACAUUUUCAAAAAGUCAUGAGAAUACCUUCCUCCCAAAUGGCCAGGAAUGCUCAGGAGAAACUCAGCAGUAUAGGAAGGAAAAACUGGAUCCAUUCUGGUACAUAUCGAUGCGCUGUGGAUGAAGAUAUGGAGACUGAGACUGAGCCACCAGAUCGUAGCAAUGGUAGGAGAGCUGGUGUGAACACAUCUCUGAAUGACAGCCAGAGUUCCAGUUCUUGGAGCAAGUUAUCAGACUUUAGUUCUUCUACAAGCUGGGAGGAAAUGAAUCAUAAUGAUGAUUGGUCAGAUGGAAAAGAGUCUAAGAAGGGAUAUCUUGUGGAUACUCAGUGUUCUACUGCCCUGUCUGAAGAGAUGGGACACGAUGGAGAAAAUAGUGCUGUACAUUCAUUGCCUUCAAAGAUUCAUGAUCUUCCUCUCCAGGUGUCCAAGGGUGAUAGAGUCGAGUCUUCUCGAAGACAACUACACAAUCACAUGUCCUUGACGGCCUUCACACCUCAUAACACAAAUGCUUUCUUGGCCUCUGGUGCAGAGUCAUUAAAAGGUGCUCCAAAGGGUAUUGAGGAAGUCAGAAAUAUAGGACCCAGUAAUGCUUCUGCUUAUUCCAGACACUCUUGUGGGUCUGCUUCUUGGUCUUCUUCUGAUUCUGAUGGGUUUAAGAACAUACCCAUUUGUUCAUUGUUCCAAGUGGAGAAAACUUUUGAAAAAAUUUCAGGAACCAAUUGCAAUGCUGAAGACAAGCAUGGGGAAGAAAAGAGAGAAAAAAUUAAUAAAAGAGGCACAACACCUAUAUUUAAAAAUAGCUCCUUCUGGGUUGACCCAGAAGGUGAAAUAGCAGAAACUACAGAAGAUGUGCCCUUUGACUUUCCUAUAGUCACAGAUGAUUCUCUGAGCAAUAGUUCCAUGAUGGCAGGUAGCUCUUUCACUCCUUGUUGGCCUGGCCAAAAGCAUGACCUCAUAAAUAAUGGUUCAACCAAAGAGAAGGACAUCGACCCUGAUGCUCCCACAGUGGAUGAGGAGGGACAAUUGCUUGAUACAGAUGUUCACUCCACAAGUAGAUGUGGUUCUCACAGACCACAUCUUGGUCAAGGGGCUAAGAACCCUAAUUCUUCUGUAAGCAAUAAAAUUCCUUUCCCUAUGUUCAGAGAGGACUGCACUACCACAGAGGAGGGAAAUGAACUUGUAAAUGUGCUAAACUGCAGCCAAAACUCUAGCUCAUCCUCAGUGUGGUGGUCUAGAUCAUCUAUGUUUUCCAGUGGUUCUUCUGAGGGGGACAGCCCAUGGUCCAUCCUGAAUUCCAGUGGAAGUUCUUUCAUUUCAUUGCCAGGAAAGACAAGGCAAGAGAUCCUUGAGGCUUGCAUCCUGAAGCCUAAUGACUUUGAAAAACUCUUGGCAGGAGUGAGGCAUGAUUGGUUGUUUCACCGGCUGGAGAAUACAGGAGUUUUUAAGCCCAGUCAACUCCACCAAGCACACCAUGCUCUAUUGUUAAAAUAUUCCAAGAAAUCUGAAUUGUGGACAGCCCAGGAAACUGCUGUAUAUUUUGGGGACUACCUGAAUGUGAAGAAGAAAGGAAAACAAAGAAAAGCUUUUUGGGUUCAUUAUCUUCAUCAGGAGGAAAUUCUGGGGAGGUAUGUUGGGAAAGAGUAUAAGGAGCAGAAGGGACUCUGGCACCAUUUCACUGAUGUGGAACGGCAGAUGACUGCACAGUACUAUGUGACAGAAUUUAAUAAGAGACUCUAUGAACAAAAGAUUCCAACACAGAUAUUCUACAUUCCCUCUACAAUAUUACUGAUUUUAGAGGACAAGACAAUAAAGGGAUGUGUCAGCGUGGAACCCUACAUCCUGGGAGAAUUUGUAAAAUUAUCAAAUAACACAAAAGUGGUGAAAAAGGAAUAUAAAGCCACAGAAUAUGGGUUGGCUUAUGGCCAUUUUUCUUAUGAGUUUUCCAAACAUAGAGAUGUUGUGGUUGAUUUACAAGGUUGGGUGACUGGUAAUGGAAAAGGGCUCAUCUACCUCACAGAUCCCCAGAUUCACUCUGUUGACCAGAAAGAUGCCACUACUAAUUUUGGAAAGAGAGGGAUUUUUUAUUUCUUCAAUAACCAGCAUGCAGAAUGUAAUGAAAUAUGUCAACGUCUUUCUUUGAGUAGAUCUUCAAUAGAAUGA